AUGUCAACCAAAGCUUCACCCGCCUCAGAGUCAGGGACACUGAGGCCAGUCGCCUGCUUGAAUUGCCGGCAGCGUCGGUCGUAUUGUUCAAAGGACAAGCCAACAUGUUCGCGAUGUCGCGACAGCGGACUGGUGUGUACUUAUGAGGGCGCUCGAAAAAUAUUAGUGAAUGAAGCAUACUUGAGAGACCUCGAACGUAAGGCGAAAACGCUUGAUAAAAACACUGGACAACAGGCAACCCCGCGUGCUCCCAUAGAAAGUGGCAUCAACAACCUCGAUGAAGAGGAAGAUGACGACUUCGAAGACGCCGAGCCCUUGUUCGAGUCUUUUACUCACCUCCGUCUCAAUCGCCCAUCAACGAGCUUUCAGGGACCAGCAUCGUCCGACACUUUUCUUCGAAAUGUGAGCCAGGUCACUGGUCUCGGCGACGAGCACGACAGCCUAAAUAAUGACCCUAAUCUUUGCGAGCCUGUGACGCUACCGUCAAGAAAGCGAGCCUUCAGCCCCCAUCUGCGGCUGCCCCCAUUACACGUUGCGCGACGCUUUUUUGCUGCCCAGUAUAGCUUUAUUGGACCCAUCUUUGCCUUCACCGAGUCCAAACAAGAAUUCGAGAAAUCUUUGUUCAAGGCAUACAGCGGCCUCCCAGACGCGACGGAUCGGGAAGACUGCCUUCAUUAUGCAAAACUGCUUCUCAUUCUCGGAUUCGGCCAGAUGUACUCUGUAAAUCAAUGGGUAGACUUCAGAGGACCGCCUGGGUUCACAUACUUUUCGGAAGCUCUGAGCCUGCUGCCGGAGACGCACGAGGACGGGUCCCUGCUGUGCGUUGAAACGCUGGCAUUGGCAGGGUAUUUUUUGCAGAACAUGAACAGGCGAGAUGCAGCAUUCCAGUUCAUCGGGCGCGCUCUUAGAAUGGCCAUCUCUCUCGGGCUCCAUCACGAGGUUGAGGGCAUUUCCGCCACAUCGAGCCCGGUGCCUCAGGCGAUUCUGAUAGAAGAGGCCGCGAGGGAGCACAGACGAAGAACAUGGUGGUCGGUCUAUAGCCUGGAUCGCAUCCUGUCUGUAAAGUCGGGGAAUCCAAUCACGAUACAAGACGAGGAUAUUGGCGUACGGCUGCCAUCUCGACUGCCCUCGGAGCCGGAGUACUGUCCGGCCAUCGUGCUGAGACAAUACACCAAAUUAUCCAGAAUCCUUGGCGAGAUACACAAAAAGAUAUACCACAAGACAAACAGGGCGGAACUAAAGUCGGGCAAGACUUUGAUGGCUUCAGUUCAGAGGAUUUUGAUCGACCUUUCGAAUUGGGAUAGCGAGCUCCCAUAUGGUCUGCGCUUUGAUCCUGAUCGCCUGAUUAUAGGGCGGGAGAGUGUGAGCACCCUGGCCCAUUACUACCAGUGCAUCAACAUGACAAUCCGUCCACUUCUUUUCCAUGUUGUGAAGGAGAGGCUCGUCUUGAUCCGGAAGAGCCCCGGGGCUCUGAUCAAAGAAACGGAUUGGAAGACGGGGCUGUCACAGACGACGGUAAGGGUCAUUGAAAUGUGCAUCGGUGCCGCGCUGGACAGCAUCAACAUCAUGGUGAUUGCAGCCACAAAAGACCUCGUCGCCACCUAUGGCUACAUGGACGGGGAGCACAUAUUCUCAGCCACCAUUAUCCUUGUCAUGGUCUGCGCGGCCUUUCCCACAAGCACGGUCAACAUGUCCGCCAUGAAGACUGGUCUAGAGCUCCUCCGCACCAUGUCGGAGCGGGGAAACACUCAUAUCGGUGCGCGCUACGAGGUCCUGGUCCGUCUCUUAGCGACGGUCAUGCCGGAGAGCGACUACUAUCGCGUCCCCGUUGACUCGACGCCGCAGCCCAACGCUGCGCUUUUCCUCGCGCCACCGGCCGACCCGUCGGCGUUUCUGGCAGCGGCGUCGGCGUCGCUUGGCGAUCCCGGGCAGCAGCACGCAGUUUCGGACAUGGGCAGCGCGUAUCCGCCGAGAUUCCCCGCCAUGGACAUCCAGACGCUGUCGGAGCCGUUCUACGACGAGGCCGGUACGUCGGGGAUGGACUUUGGGCUGUGGGAGGAGGGCUUUGCGUACCCGACCAUGGACUUGGAUCUGGACUUGGGGGUUUCACAGCCGCACGCGGCCCAACACCAGUGA